AGACUGGAAGAGGCACGCACCAGUGCACCCCCACCGGAUCCCCUUCCCUUAACGCCGCCUCUUUUCUUGGAGGGGAGGAAAAGAAAGCGAAGGGAAGGAGGACAAGUAGCGAGCCCUGAGGAACUUCUCGGCUCGGCUUCUUCUCCAAUCCCACUCAUUGCCUUUCCAGCGAUCCCCACGGGCCGCAGCUAGCUCCGCCGUCGCGCUACCGGGAGGGGGAGGGAGAUCAGACUGUGAGAUGGCUUCGCCGGAGCCAUCGGCGGCGGCGGCGGCGGCGGCCGGGGCGGGCGGCGAUGCGGCCGGCCAGAGGGCUCCAGUGGAGCCGCUCCGGCUGCCAACGCCGGAGGAGAUCAAGGGGCAGGAGAUGAUGAACAACUGCGCCGUCCGGAGCGUCCUCAGCGGUGUCAUGGGGGGUGGUCUUGGUGUACUUAUGGGACUAUUUUUUGGAGCUUUGGAAAAUCCAAUAAUGGCAGAGGAGAUGACAGCAAGGCAACAAAUAGUCUACCAGGCAAAACAGAUGGGUAGGAAAAGUAUGAGCCAUGCUAAGACCUUUGCAGUAAUGGGCUUGAUUUUCUCUGCAGCUGAAUGCGUCGUUGAAAAGGCUCGGGCAAAGCAUGACAUUACCAAUUCAGCAGUAGCUGGCUGUGUCACAGGAGGAGCUUUAGCUGCAAAAGGUGGCCCUCAAGCUACAUGUAUCGGGUGUGUGGGUUUUGGUGCCUUCUCUGUGGCGAUUGAGAAGUUCAUGGAGCGAUAUAACUGAUCGGUGAUGGAAACGUUGCAUCCUAUAAAUUGAGUGAUGCUGUCUUUCUAGCAAGCAUUAGCAGGAUUCAGCAUUGGCCGAACAACUUUUGGUUUAUUUUGCAAUAUUCAGUCGUUGGCAUGUCUGUACUCAGAGAUGGUGUGACCUAUCCAUCGCACUGAGUAGCUACAUUGUUUCUCCAGUCUGUAGCCUGUUUGAUGUCAUGGCAUGUGGUAUACGCAUUUUGACUUAUGCUAUCUCGUAGCUAGCUGCAUUUCUUCCUCCCAGGAUUUUGCUCUGCCAAAUGCCAUGACGACACGAUUUUGGGGACAGCACUGCGGUAAGGGAAAUAUGUAGUUCAAAUGCAAAUUAAAACAUCUGUUUUCAUCUGUGCCGUCACUAGCAGCGGUAUAUCUUAUAUCUUUGCUUCAGAGAAGUCGCUUUAA